GACAUUUUGUCUGUUGUCUUCUGUUUCCAGGCCUUCUUUAAAAAAUAAGAAGAUAAAAAGCACGUCGUUGUCCAUCAGUUCUUCACCGAUUGACCACCGUUACACAAGCGCUCGGACCCCUAAUAAGUAUUACAAAAGAACCAAAGGUCAUCCAUGCUACAGGGGGCGCUGCGGAGGACGGACCGCUAGAACAUCCUCUUGAUUCCUUUGUCGGGGUACAGGCUGUUGUGUUCUGUAUUUUGAAUCCUCUUCUUCAAAUCCAGGGGUCUUAACCUUCCUAACUAUUGGACGUACCGUGUGGUUAACAGGAGAUGGACACAAACGUGCUGAUUGGCUGGCAAGAGGAGAGGGUGCGGCUUAGACGAGACGUGUCUCGUUUGCAGGAUGAGCUGGCUGAGAGCAACGCAGAGAGAGAGGAGCUGACUUCACGCUCACACGCACUGGACCACCGGUUGGUGAGCUGCCUCGACCCGUCUCUCUCUCUGCGUGGGUCAGGUGAGGAGAAGGAUUGGAGGAGAAGAGUGCGAGAGGGGAGGGAGAGGGAGGCACGACAGGCCCUACUCAUCCACAAGCUUCAGAACAAGGUGGUGGAGUUCCGAGAGCGAUACCAGGAAGUGAAACAGCGUCUCAAGGGAGAGGAGAGGGAGCUGGCCAACCAAGAGCGGAGGCUGCUGGACGCUCACAGCGAUUCCCUGGAGAGCACCCUCUUCAGGCUAGAGGAGCAGCAGCAGAGAUCUAUUGGACUGGCUGAGGGAAAUUCAUUUCUCAGACAGCAGCUCAGUCAAUCAGAGCAGACUAACCUUGCCUUGAGGGAGGAUCUCCAUAAGUUGACUGCUGAUUGGUCCAGAGCUGUCGAGGAAGCGGAGCUCAAAGAAGUAAAUUGGCAGAAAGAGAAAGAGGGUCUAAUAGGUCAUGUGACUAAGGAACAGGGACGUCUGAUGUGUUUAUGGAGAUCCGUCAUCACACUGAGAAGAGACUGUCUGUCCUUAAAGACCGCCACAGACAGGGACCUUUGUGAGCUGCGGUCUGGGUUCUCCUCCCUCUCCUCCUCACUCCUCACCUGCUGUGACUCCUUCACCUCUGUCUCCCUUCCUCUUGCACCCCCUCUUCAUUCCACCCUGGGGCCUUGCCAAUUGGAGGAGCUGCUGGGGGGAGAGGAGGAGAAAGAGGAGAAGGAGAGAGAUUUGACAGAACUGAAAGGAAGGGUGACAGAGCUCUCUCUCUUAGUGCAGUCUUUGGAGAGAGAGAGGGAGCGAUGGUUGGGGGAGAAGAUAAUGGAGGAUAAGGAGAGGAGAGUGGAGGAGGAGAAGGAGAGGAGCUACCAGUCUCUGAGCCAGGCUAUCCUAACCCUGUCCAGAGUCCUGGGCUCCUCCCCCGCCAAGGUAGAUAAUCUCUCCUCUCUGCUGGCGGUGUUGUCCCAGGCAGACAGCGCCCUCCAGAUGAGACACCAGAAACUACAGGAGGCGGAGGUAUUCAGGAGGAGGUUGGAGGAGCAGAAGGAGUCUCUACAGGACAGACUCUACCAGCUGGAGGCCGACCACUCAGAGACAAACACACUCCUGCAAACCACACACCUGCAGUUGGUAGACACCCAGCAGAAACUGGCCAGGGAGAGGGAGACAGUGAUGGGUCUACAGGCGGAGGUGGAGCUGGUUGGAAAGAGGGAGGAGGAGGAGAAAAGAGAUAGCAAGAGGAUGAGGAGAGAGAUGGAGCGGGAGGAGGAGGAGAGGAGACACGUGAAGAGAGACGGACAGAAAAGGGUUGAGGAGGGCCUGAUGGAGAUCGCCCAGCUGAAGGAGAGAGAGCUGAGAGGUCACAUGGAGAUCUACAGCCUGAAGGGGGCGGUAGAGAGAGAGAAGCUGGACAGACAGAGAGCAAAUGAGGAGGCUGUGGAGGCUGGAGAAGCUUUACAGAAGACCAGAGACAGUAUGGUGUUGCUGGUGUGUGAUCAGAACCUAAUGAAGAGACAGCUGGCUGAAACCAGGGACUCUCUGAACAAGAUGGCCGCUCUCAACCAAUCCCUGGUCGAGGACAAGAUGGAGCUCAACACCCACAUACUACAGGUGGAGGCAGAGUUGGCUGAUGGACAGUGCAAGCUCCAUGCUCUGAGGUCAGAGGUCACAUCAUUACAGAGGGAUUUGAGAGUGCUGAGCCAGGACUACAACCAGCUAAAGACCCAUAUUCAGACAGAAGAGGAGGUCCUUCUCCACCUGAGGGAGCGAGAACAAGCAAUGGAGAGAGCAGGGGAGGAGAGAGAGCGAAAGCUGGUUGGUCUGAUAGAGGAGAGAGAGCGAGAGGGAGAAGAACUGAAAGAGCUGUGUACCCAGCAUGCCUUGGUGCGGUCUGAGCUCCAGGAGGCGUGUAGUGAGUUGUCACGGGUUACGGAGGAGAAGAGGAGAGCAGAUAGAGGGAGGGAGGAGCAGCAGAGAAGGAGGGAGGAGCUGGAGAGGGAGAGACGAGACAAGCUGUCCUCUCUGGAGAGAGAGAGAGAGCUGCAAGUGGACGAUCAAGAGCAGCUCAGGUGUACUUUGGUGUCUCUCCACCAGCAGCUGAGGGACCAUCAGCAGCAGGUGUCUGUGUUGGAGAUGGACAGACAGCAGCUCCUCACUCAGACACUCACCCUGCAGCAGACUAAAGACACCCUGCAAGGAGAGAUGGUGUUCUUGAAGGAGGAGGUGGAGUGGGGGAGGAGCCAGGAGGAGGAGCAGAGAGAGAGAAGGCAGGAGGAAGGAAGAAGCAGGAGGCGGCAGGUGGAGACACUCGUGGAGGAGGUGGAGGAGCUGUCCAAGAUGAGGAAAGAAGGAGAGGCGGGGAGGGAUAGGGAGAGAGAGGUGUGGCAGAGAGAGAGGGAGUGUCUGAGCAAAGAGCUGGGGAGGAGGGAAGCGGAGCAGUUGGAGAGCAAGUGCGUGUAG